AUGGAGGGGGCACUGGAAUUUGCAUGUCUUCACCAAAUGUUGGAGGAUUUCACUUCUUUAAUUAAACAUCGAAUACCAGUUGCUCCAAACUGUGAAGGCAUUUCCAGCGGCUCGGUUUGUCACGUCUUAUCGACUAAGGGAUAUUGCCUUAGGGAUCGUAAUACAGGGAAGAAACGGUUAGGACAUAGCAGUUACGGGGUUUUGAAAAUCAAGGAUGAAAUAAAGGCUGCCACCCCUGAGGGUCGUGAAAUUGCUAAAGACAAUGAUUACGCUUCGUCGGACGAGGAAGAUUUGUCGCCGGGUGAGUCGAGUAAUAAGAGGCCGAAUAGGAAAGGGUAUUAUUCAAUUGAGCGGAUACUGGCGAAGAAAACCGUGCUUCGUACAUUCAGAAAGAAGGUUAAAAAUGUUGAUUAUUACUAUCUAAAAUGGACUGGUUGGGCUCAUCGUUUUGACAGUUGGGAGUCGGAAAGAAAUUUAGGCCGAGUUACUUGGGUUAUGUCGGAGUUCAAAACUCGUGAGAAAGCUCUUGAAUGUAUAAUCAAAGAUAAAGAUUACCAAGUGAAAGAUGAAAACCUCCGCCAGCUGCGAAAUUUGCAUCGUUGGGAAAUGGAGAUAAACGACAAAUUGAAAGAAAAAAAUUUCAAACCUUUGUAUAUUUACAAUGAUGUAAAUAGUGCGUUACGCCCGAAAAAUUUCACGUAUAUAACGACAAAUAAACUACCAGAGGAAAUGGCAGCUAUAAUUACAAAGUCUGAAACUCACUUUUGCAACUGUGAUACUGAUUACUGCAGCCUUUUUUCGUCGUGUUGCCCGGCGCGAGGAAGACGCCACGUUGUUGCAAUUGCUCAAACUGAGAAUUGUGGCUGGGGUGUUUUUGCGUUAGAAGAUAUACCUGCAAAUCGUUUUGUCGUUGAGUAUGUGGGAGAGGUGCUGUCUGUAGAAGAAGCACGGAAGUCUCGAGACCCAUACUACCAGUUCGAGAUUGGUGAAGAAGGUGGUGUUUCUUAUAUAAUUGAUGCAAAAAAUUUUGGAAAUGAAAGCGCUUUUAUUAACCAUUCCUGCGAGCCAAAUUUAGUAGCAAUUCCUAUAUAUGUUGAACGGACGAUUCCUGGUUAUCAUCGAAUCGGCUUUUUUACUGCAGUUGAUGUGAAAAGAGGAGAAGAGUUAACAUUGGAUUAUUUUAAUAACCCUUCAGAAGAAAAAAAUUACAUUCGGGACGAGGACGGCAUCAAAUGCCAUUGUGGAGCUAAGUCAUGUAAAGGGUACUUCCCACAAGUAAUGCGUGAUGACCUUUCACCAAAGAAGGCAGAUGAGUUAUGA